AUGGUGGCACUGGGCUCGGGCUUGCAAUUUGUGCGCGCCUAUGCGGUCUCCACGGUGGUCGCAUUUGGUAAAUAUUACAUGGCGUUGGGAAAGCAACUAACAGGACGGUGCAGGGAAGCAAACGACCGCGAAGAAGGCUCAACAUUUCACUUCACAAUUCUAGCAGAAGAUAUGCCGAGAUAUAGCCAACCGGCUAGUGACCAUGGAGAUCUUCGAGGACUGAAGAACAAGCGAGUGUUGAUUGUCGCUGGGAGCAGCAGCAGCACACAGACAAUGUGCUCUCGUCUGCUCAAGAGUUGGCAUAUGAGACCUGUUUGUGCAAACACCAGCGAUGAGGCCCUCAUGCUUCUAACGCAAAUGGUCGACUCUGGUAGCAUUUCCUCGGGCCGGCUGGCCCGCUUCACCGAGAGAUCACCGCGUGCGUUUGACGUUGUGAUUUUCGACUGCUCGCUGAAAGCCGAAAAAGGAAUCCUCGUCGCUAAGUCCCGUAAACAAUGUCUCGGACUUGGGAAAGCUGUAUCCACUUCGCAUCCUUGUGGCCGAGGACAACAUCGUCAAUCAAAAGGUUAUUCUCAAGCUGCUGUUAAGACUGGGCUACACAGCCGAUGUGGUUGGAAACGGACGGGAGGCACUGGACUCCGUGAUGCGUCAAGUCUACGACGUUAUUCUCAUGGAUUGCUUCAUGCCGGAGAUGGACGGGCUGGAAGCAUCGAGGAGAAUCCGGGAGAACAUAAGACCGACUCCUGUCAUCGUUGCGGUGACUGCCGCGGCGUUGAAGGAGGAGAUGCAAGCGUGCUUACAAGCGGGCAUGCAUAUGUAUAUAUCCAAACCGAUUCAGGCCGACGAGCUCAUGCAGACGUUGGGAAAGUGCUGGCGAAUGAAACACACGGAACCAAGUCAAUAGAAAACGAAGGGGGAAUCUUGUACGAAUAUACAAGUCAAAGGAUAUACCUUUUAGCUGGGAAAGGAUAUUCUGUUAGGGUUGAUACGGAGAGCAUGUCGGGAGGGCGACGAGAAGCGCGUGCUACAGCAAAUGGCGGCGUGGAGCACUACGAAGAUCGCUACUCUGGAGUGCAGCGCAAUCGACCCAAGCGAAAUCUUGGUUUUCGAGCAUGGAUCAAGCGAAUGCUGUUCCUUUUCGACGUUACAAUGGCGCCUUACAUGAUGGAUUGGUGGGAGAGGCUCCUUGUCAGAUUGGUCGUAUUGAUCGCGAUGUGGUAUGUGUGCUACAAGAGCACCCAAGUCGCGAUGUGGUGCUUCGAAGAAUUCUCGAGAAGAUUGGAGAGCUCCAGCUGAGAAGAGAUGAUCGAAAAUAUCACAGGCAAAACGGUCACCUUGGUUCUGUAAAUCUUGCUCUUCGUGUUGCAAAUUUGCUCGCUCGAUUGAUGCAAAUAGAUAUAGAUUGUUUCGAUCAACCCAUUCUCACUUGCUCUA